AUGGCAACGACGCGCCGCUCAUCUACCACAACCAUAUCAUAUUCCCGGUGCCAUCGCCGGCUCUCACCGUCGCCACUACGACGAUUUGAAACUCACAAUCUUACCAGCACUACUCGCUCCUUCACCACAUCCUCCUACCUCUUGUCCUCUACCUCAGCCGCCGGUCCAGAGAUCCCGGACAUAACCAACCACUAUACGAUCUUCCGGAACACGCUCCCCGCCGGCCCGCCACCGCACUCGCCGUUCUCGAUCUCCCCCGCGGACUUGCGCCGCGAAUUCCUCCAAUGGCAGGCCCGCAUCCACCCGGACAAAUACCCCUCAGGUCCGCAGAAGCAGCAGGCCGAGGCUCUGUCCGCGCGGAUCAACGAGGCCUACCGCACACUGCUGGACCCCCUGCAGCGCGCGCAGUACCUCCUCCGCGAGAUGCACGGGAUCGACGUCACGGCGGAGGAUGGGGCGACGAAGCAUGCGCUGGACCCGCAGACGCUCAUGGAGGUGAUGGAGGUACAGGAGACGAUUGAAGAGGUCGGGGCGGACGCAGGGGCGGAGGAGACGAUCCGCGAGUUGCAGCGGGAGAAUGAGCAGCGGGUCCAAGAGUGCGUGCGGGCCUUGGAGGAGGCCUUUGACGGUGGGGAUAUAGAGACGGCGCGGACCGAGUGUGUCAAGUUGCGGUUCUGGUAUAGUGUUGGGGAAGGGCUGAGGGAGUGGGAGCCCGGGACGAGAGAGAUUCGGUUGGUACAUUGA